AAAAAGAAAAGGCCUAUCCAGACAAACUUGCUUGCCUGCAUAAUCAUUUGCAUAAGGAAAUUGAUUGGUCCAUUAGAAAUGCAUUAUAAAAUGCACCAAUCACUUUCCUUAUGCACAUGGUUAUGCAGUUAUGCAAGUUUGGAAUGUUUGAACAAGCUUAAAAGAUGAAAUGUGCAAGGAGUUCGACUGAAGGUGGAACAAACUCGUCCCGAUGAGGGACGAUGGAGAGGCCAGACGAGGUCUGGUGAAGGAGCAGGUGAUAAGAUAAAACAAAGUAUAUGAAUAACAAAUCAAUUAUCUAUUGUUAAUCAAUGUUAAAUUAAAAAUAGACUCGCGAUAUAUAUAUUACGUAUGUGAAUAUAAAUGUUUACACAAGCGAGGACUAAAAGUCCUGAGUACAUGGUGUGAUGAAGGGGAACAUGAUAAUCUUCAAUGAAUUUGGAAGAUGUGCCGCAACAAGCGAAAAGUGUCCGAAUUGCGAACAACCCGCAAACGCAUCUUUUUCGAGACUCGUGAAAGACAGUUGUGGUCAUACCAAGUGCCGAAUGUGCCUGCUGUACGAGGAGCAUGGAUGUAAACUCUGUCAGACUGAAUCCUGCGUAAAAGGAAAAGAUGCUGAAGAUUAUUUAAAAGAAUCUCACAUCGCAAACGGAGAGCUGAAUGGAGCACAAAAGUCACCAGAUGAGGAGAUUGUGCUGCCAUUAGAAUUGGUCAUCAAUAAAGAUUUCAAAUCUAAGGAAGAUUCUUCAGUCAAUUUGAACUCCGCCGAAAGUGGAUCUGAUAUCUAUGAGAACACCACUUUUGACAACAACGAAGAGUCGUACGAAUCUGUGACAAAUGAUGCAAUCACUACUGAUAAAUCCAGCCAAACAUACAUUCCAAGAAUAGAGUCCUAUGAUGUAGCGUUGAACAUUCAGAACCACUUGAGAAGUGAUAGUGAUUGUGAUUUGAAGGAUUCACAGAAUCCGCAUGUAAAAGAUGAUAAUCAAGAGAAAGCGAAAAUCAGUAAAGAUCCCGAAAAAGAAAAGAGUAAAAUUGUUAGAUUUCAUAAUCGUAAUCACAUAAUAACAGUGCCAGGUGUUCCAGAAAAAUACAAAUGCAAUGUGUGCUGUAAGAUCUUCCGCAACAAGAAGGGCAAAUGCUAUCACGAUGCCUGUGUAACAGGUGUCAAGCCUUAUCAGUGUACCCUGUGUGACAAGAGCUUUGUUAAACGUUCUCACUUCGAAUAUCAUGAGAGAGUUCACAGGGGAUACAAGCCAUACAAGUGCAACUUGUGUGAAAAGGCCUUCCCUCAGCAGAAUAAGCUCAAUAGACAUAUGUUUUCUCACAGCAAGGAGAAGCGCUUUGUCUGUCCCAAAUGCAAUAAGCGCUACAGUAAGAAGGAUGAUUUAAAGAUCCACUUACACAUACACAACACGACGGCUGUGCUCAAAUGCCAAUCCUGCGACAAAUCUUUUUGCAUAUUAACUAAUCUGAAACGCCACAUGCAAACACAUACAAACGAACGGCCACAUCGUUGCGAUCAGUGCAACAAGGGCUUCAAAGACAAAUCUUUGUUAAUACGACACAAACGGACCCAUGGAAAAGAAAGACCUUUUUCCUGCGCUCACUGUAACAAGGUUUUUCUGUCAAAAAGCGAAUUGAGACGACACUUAACUGUGCAUUCAGACGAGAAACCGUUUUCCUGCGAAUACUGCCAGACGUUGUUUAGACGUAAGGACAACUUGAAGCGACACAUCAGGCACCAUCACAAUGAAGACUUCGAUUGCGAGGUACGCAAAACACCAACAGUUAUCGAAGCGAAUCAAUCUUGUGCAGCAAAGAGCAGUCAGCCACGGCAGAAACAGAAGCCGAAAAGGGCACAGCCGAAGAGCACCGGUAAAGUCACUGUGACAGUCACCAACUCUCGCGAACAGAUUAACUCACGACUCGACUCCAUGGGCAACAUCACGCCUGUGAUAAGAGCCACCAACGAAGUGAGUAAUGCGGUGCCGGUGAUCAACGGGCCCAUCAACAUCAGGAGGCUAGAGGACAGCACCGACAGGGAGAUAUUUACGUACAUAAAGCCAAUCCCGAUCGCCGAGGCAGUGGUACUUAACCGUCGAAUCGAGGAGAAGUUGUAUCCACAAAGUGCCAGUAGCCACAAUUACUUUGUAGACAGCUGUCUUAAAGACGGAAACUCCAAGGUGAACUCGUAUCCCAAUAAUAAUUUGGUGUCUCGAGAAAAUCACGAUUUUACAGCGACUACAUCUUCACAAAUCGAGGCACUCGUUCCAAGAGUAGCAGUGGAUCAGAAGGAUCCCACGGUUGACGUUUACGAGAAGAGGAUUGAAAGAUGCGAAAAGGAAAAGAGUGAUCAGAGUGAAGACGAGAAUGCGAAAGAGAAUGAAGGCAAUCGUGAAGAAAGAAGGAACUUCAACGAUCCCUCUCAGGAUCUGAACACCGUUUCUUUCCGAGAAUCUCACUGCGUCUCUACGAUCAAGAAACAUAUUACACAGCAAUCGCAGGGAUAUCCGAGCAAAAACUCAACAAAUAAUAGUAAUUUGGACGCAACGAAUCACACGUUACUGCCGAAGAAUUCUCAGAACAGUUGUGAAAAAAAACAAAGUGAUAUACAUUGGAGACGUAGAAUUGCGGAGAAGCUGAAGCCGUGCUGAUCGCACGCAAAUUGUCUCCUUCAGGCGCUACGAUUAAAACCAAAGCAAACUCGACAGCGAACGUAUUCGUGUUCGUUUAAUAACUAUAUAGUUUCAUUAAAAUCAUAUGAAAUUUUUACAGUAAAUCUCUUUCUCUCUUGUGAAUUUUUAUACGAAAUUUAUUACGACUGAAACAAGUUUCCAUUUUUUCUACUUUUUUAAAUAUAAAUUGUAUUGACUUAAAUCAUUGCAAUAUACGGUUUACAAUGUGCAAUAUACAAUGUGCAAUGAUAUAUAAUUUGGACUUGCAAACUAAGACUGAUUAUGAAAUAUUGAUUAUGUAUACAAUUAUUGGAAUUUGGAUAAAAAUAAACUAUGAAAUCCAUAUGAAAAAUACGGAUGCAGUUAAGAAUAA